UAAGUAAUGUUGUUUAUUAGUAGCAAUCAAUUUUACGUUCACCAAUAAGAGUCAAGAUAUUGACAUAUACUCCGCGAAAAUUAUUUUCUUUAUCGAAUAUAGUAACUUAUUUGGAGCGAAAAUUUUUAAAAUAUGUCGAGUAUUAACAGUUUGAAUUUAAUUAGUGAAUAUUAUUCGUCUAAUUCGGAAGAUGAAGAAGAAAAUGAAAAAUAUAAAAAAAUUGAUGGAAGUCUAUCUGUGCCUCAAAGUAUUCUAUCAUGGAAAGGUGUUCCUCAUCACGAAGAAAUAAUAGAUAAUCCGUCAGAUCAUAAUGGAAAGAUAAGAACUUUUAAACAUGAACGUGGCAAUUGGGCAACGUUAGUUUAUGUAAAUUAUACACCUAAUGACGCUAUGCUUUCUUGGAUAAAAUCAAUUGCAACUUUAUUGCCAAAAGAUAGCAAUAUACUUUUCGAGCAAUUCCAUAUUAGUCUUACUCGAACAUUAAUUUUAAAAUUUCAUUGGAUUGAAUCCUUCGUCGAAAGUUUAAAAAAAUUAUUUCAAAAGACUAACAAAUUUACUAUGGAACUUACUGAUAUAAAAGUAUAUUGUAAUGAAGAAAGAACUCGUACAUUUCUUGGAAUAAAUUGUUACAGUAAUGUGUUAAAUUAUUUAAUUUCUUCUAUUGAUAAUAUAUUGACAGAAUAUCAAUUACCACUAUUUUAUGAGGACCCUUCAUUCCAUGUAAGUAUCCUUUGGUGGGUAGGGGAUAGAGAAGACUACCUCAACAAAGUUCUAUCUUCAAUCAAUUCUAGUUUUAAUAAAUUUUUAAUUGAUUAUACAGAAGAAAAUUAUGUACAUAUUAAUGAAUUAUAUUGUAAAGUAGGAAAUAAACUUUAUACAUUCAAAUUACAAUAA